AUGGCUUAUAUGCGUAGUCUGUCGACAAAAGCAAACAUUGUUAGACGAAGAUAUAAUGCUUCGUUCAGUUACGUUCUCCACAAUGAUGAUCACAAGCGUAAUUCUAUUGAAAAGGGUCCUUCAUCACAAGGAUUGAGUAUUUUAUUUAAGCAGAGGUCAUUUGGAAGCAGCAGCGAUGGAUUUAAUAAUAAUUUGGCUGUAUUUAGUUUCUUUCACAAUAGAAGAUGUUUGGAUUUCUCUCUUUCGCCAAGCAUUGGGGUGUCUUUUUGUCGGUAUAUGUCAACGACGAUCGGUGGAGGAUCAGAAAACAUAGAGUCGAUGAAUGAUGUUGCUGAUGUUCUCACAGACACAACUAUCGAGGCUGUGGGUGCUCAGGCUCCUGCAGUGAAUGAAGUUGCUAUUGCUGCUGCUGAUUCUUACUUUCCUGUUGCGGCUCUCCAGCAUGUUAUUGAUGCAGUGCAUUCCUUCACUGGUUUCAAUUGGUGGGCCUCCAUAAUUGUAACGACUCUUUUGAUUAGAGGGGCAACCGUUCCUCUUUUAAUUAAUCAACUGAAAGCCACUGCAAAACUCACUCUCAUAAGGCCACAUCUGGAAGAGAUAAAGCAACAAAUGCAAGAUAAGGAUAAGGAUCCCAUGGCUUUAGCUGAAUGCCAAAAAAAAAUUAAGGAACUUUUCAAAGAACAUGGUGUGAAUCCUCUUGCUCCACUGAAGGGGCUCUUUAUUCAAGGUCCUAUCUUUGUCAGUUUCUUCCUUGCGAUCUCAAACAUGACGGAAAAAGUACCAUCCUUUAAAAUUGGUGGUGCAUACUGGUUUCUUGAUCUGACGACUCCAGAUAGUUUAUAUAUCUUACCGUUUUUGACGGGGUUGACCUUCUGGAUAACCGUGGAGUGCAACACACAAGAAGGCCUGGAAGGAAAUCCUGUUGCUGCCACCAUUAAAAAGCUUUCGCGGGUCUUUGCAGUUGCUUUAGUUCCAUUGACCAUGGGUUUCCCUAACGCCAUAUUUUGUUAUUGGGUCACAUCCAACUCAUUCUCACUCUUUUAUGGCUUGGCACUUAAAGCUCCUGGGGUCAAGAAGUUCUUAGGUGUUCCUGAAAUGCCUUUGGCACCAGCAAGUACUGCUCCACAUUCUUCCUUCAAUCUGCUUGAAGCACUCAAACAAGAGGUGGCAGCAAGACAGGAACCUGCCUCCCCGUUACCUGUUGAACCAUCAUCAAAGCCUGGAGACCAAAGAAUAUCCUCGGCUUCAGUUCUUAGUCAGAGGCUUAGAAGUCUAGAGAAACAAGUAAAGGGAAGAAAGAAAAACAACAAGAAGAGGUGA